AAAAGAAAUAAGAAUAGAGACGAGAUAAAAAAGAAAAAAGAAAAAAGAAAACACCUACUGCUUAAGAGAGAGAGAGAGAGAGAGAGAAGGAUUCUCUUAUGCUGGUUAGAGAAAGAGGAGGAGGAAGAGGGGUAGAGUCCAGUCAGAGAGCGAGAGAAGGCAAGGCAGGCCAUCAAGUGAUGGAACCUGUCUCGUGAAGUAGCAGGUGAGGUGAAUCCACAAAAUAUAAGAAAAGAAAAGAAAAGAGAAGCUUUCUCCUCUCCUCCUCUCUCUCCCUGCAAAAACCAAACAGGCAGCCCCCUCAAACUCUCCCAUUCCUUUUAUAUAUCACGAGAUCCCCCCAUCUCCUUCUUUUUUUUCUUUCCUUUUCCUCUCAUGGCUUUCCUUGUUUCCCAACACUAAUCUCCAUUCGCUCACAUUUCUAACAUCAUCACAAACCCAGUUACAUAGACAGACAACUCUAUUUAAGAAAAAAAUAAAAAAAAGAACUACUCUUGUUUUUGGUUUUAGUUUAAAGAAUUACUAUAUAAAAACAUGCCACAAUCAGCGAAACCCUCCAUUGGAGGAGAUUUGGACCUCAGCUCACUAACUGAUCAACUCCGUGACUCACUCUCUUCACUCGAAGCCAACAAGCCUGAUUUUCGUGAACUCGAUCUGGGCUCUCCCGUUUCACCUCUCCGAACUCGAGGUGGACUCACCACUAAAACCACCGCCACAACCACAACCACAACGACGACGACCACCUCCUCCAGCUCCAGCUCCUCCGGAUCCGCAUCCGGUGCCCAAAACCGACUUCACAAACCCAACAAUAACAACCACUCAGGAGAGUUAUCGAACUCGAGUGAAAGCAGCCCCACGACUAGCGCCAAGAAGGGUCAACCGGGUCAUUCUAGAUCCGACUCUUUAACUUACUCAGGUCAAACUGGCAGCCAGAGUGCUGUAAACUCUCCGGUAACUGUUAAUGUGUUGCCUACCGGUAACAUUUGUCCGUCGGGCAGGAUCUUGAAGACAGGCAUGGGAAUGGUGAAUCGGAGUGCGAAACCGGAUGUCUUAGGAUCCGGGACUGCGAAUUAUGGUCACGGCAGCAUAAUGCGGGGCGGGGGGAGCGCAAAAUGUGCUAGCUCUGAUGUUGUUAAUUCAGCAAGCAGGAAUGCUUGGAGUGCGCGCGGAGGGAGUGUGGAUCCGGAGGAGGUGAAGAAGGCUGGAAAUGAGAUGUAUAAAAAAGGGUGUUUUGGGGAGGCGUUGGGAUUGUAUGAUAAGGCUAUUGCUUUGGCACCAGGGAAUGCUGCUUACAGGAGUAAUAGGGCGGCUGCGUUGAUGGGAUUGGGAAGAGUUGUGGAGGCUGUGAAAGAGUGUGAGGAGGCUGUUCGGCUGGAUCCUAAUUAUUGGAGAGCACAUCAGAGGUUGGGGGCUUUGUUAAUUAGGUUAGGACAGGUUGAGAGUGCUAAGAAGCACCUAUGCUUCCCAGGGCAGCAUCCAGAUUCUGCCGAGUUGCAUAAGUUGCAAUUAGUAGAGAAACAUCUUAACAAAUGUUCAGAUGCCCGGAAGGUUAAUGAUUGGAAAGGUGCAUUAAGGGAAGCUGAUGCUGCUAUUGCUGCUGGAGCUGAUUAUUGCCCCCAGCUCUUUAUGUGUAGAACUGAAGCUCUUUUGAAGCUCCACCAACUUGAAGAUGCUCAAUAUUGCUUAUCAAGUAAAGGUUUCACUGAAGCCUGCUCAGCAUAUGGGGAAGGCCUUAGGCUUGAUCCUUCGAACUCUGUUCUUUAUUGCAACAGAGCAGCAUGUUGGUUUAAGCGUGGACUGUGGGAGAGAUCCAUUGAUGACUGCAAUCAAGCUUUAAGUAUCCAACCUAACUACACAAAAGCGCUUCUUAGAAGAGCUGCCUCAAACAGCAAGUUAGAAAGGUGGGCUGAUGCUGUGAGAGAUUAUGAGGUUUUGAGGAGGGAACUUCCAGAUGACAAUGGAGUUGCUGAAUCUCUAUUUCAUGCUCAAGUCGCAUUGAAGAAAUCUCGUGGAGAAGAAGUGUAUAAUAUGAAGUUUGGUGGUGGAGUAGAGGAAGUUUUGGGGCUUGAACAGUUUAGAGCUGCGAUAUCAUUACCAGGUGUUUCAGUGGUUCAUUUCAAAUCCUCCUCUCAUUUGCACUGCAAGCAAAUAUCUCCAUUUGUGGAUACAUUAUGUGUUCGGUAUCCAUCUCUAAACUUUCUCAAGGUGGAUGUAGAGGAGAAUCCAGCAACUGCAAAUGCUGAGAAUGUGAGGAUUGUUCCAACAUUCAAGAUAUACAAAAAUGGUAGCCGAGUGAAGGAGAUUGUCUGCCCAAGUCGUGAUAUGUUGGAACAUUCGACCAGCCUGUUCUUGUACCCCCAUUUCCAUUCAGAUGAAAAGGAGGGAAAAAAAGAGAGAAUGAGAGAAAUGUGUACAAUUGAUUAAGUUGUCUCCUUCUUCAUAGAGAGAGAGGGAGGGGGGCUGGCAGGCUGGUAGAGGAGGAUCUUGUACAUUUUAUGUGAUAUAUACAGAAACAUUGGGAGGGAGAUUGGAUGCGUGGUGGGUACUUAUUGGGUUAGUGAAAGAAGGAUGAAUAUGUUGUUUAUUACUAUUGUUACUUUUUCCAGCCAUUUUAUCAAUCAAUAAAAAUUUCUCCCAUUUUUUUC